CAGUGCUCCUUAACUUUCACUUCUACCGAAAAAAAUUCUUUCACCCUUCCACAGCUUCUAACGUAAUUAAUGUACAAGCCCUGAAAAAUAAUCCAUUUCCUAAUUUAUUUUUUCAAAAAUAUAUCUGUCACCACAUUCCAGUGGCUGGCUCUGGAUACCCUGUUAUUGCUGCAUCACUUUCGAGGUUCUUUUUUAUUUUUUUUUUUGGUUUUUUCUUGGCUAUAUGUACAGUCAUUUGGGCUUUGGAGCCAUUUUUGGUUGAUUACUAUUGCGAUUGUUGUAUAAAUUGGGUUUUUUUCUUUUGUUUAGAUAUAGUCAUUUGAGCUUGGGACCAAUUUCUGGUUUAUUAUUAUAGAAUUAUUUAUUUAUUUUUUUGGGUAAUUUGUGGGAGGUUUUGGAUGGGUUCGAAGCCGUGGCUGUAUCCGGCUCCAACCUAUCGUCCGUUAGAGGCCUAUUGGGACGGCGAUGAGGACGCGCCAGGGCCCCGCUGCGGUCACACUCUCACUGCCGUUGCCGCCACCAAGACCCAUGGCCCCCGCCUCAUUCUCUUUGGCGGCACCACCGCCAUUGAGGGAGGAAACGAUGGUGCCCCCGGCAUCCGGUUAGCUGGAGUUACUAAUUCAGUUCAUUCCUAUGAUGUUCUCACCCGAAAAUGGAUCCGACUCCAACCAGCCGGCGACCCACCUUCACCUAGGGCUGCACAUGCUGCUGCUGCCGUCGGCACCAUUGUUGUUUUUCAGGGUGGUAUAGGUCCCGCAGGGCAUUCUACUGAUGACUUGUAUGUGCUUGACAUGACCAAUGACAAAUUCAAGUGGCAUCGAGUUGUAGUUCAAGGACUGGGGCCGGGACCUAGAUAUGGCCACGUCAUGGACUUGGUUGCGCAAAGAUACCUUGUUACAGUCAGCGGCAAUGAUGGUAAAAGAGUGUUAUCAGAUGCCUGGGCUUUGAAUACUGCUCAAAAACCAUAUAUGUGGCAGAGGCUUAAUCCGGAAGGUGAUAAACCUUCUGCAAGGAUGUACGCGACAGCCAGUGCUAGGUCUGAUGGUAUGUUUCUGCUUUGUGGUGGAAGAGACACUUCCAGCACGCCACUAGCAGAUGCUUAUGGCCUGCUUAUGCAUAGGAAUGGCCAGUGGGAGUGGACUCCUGCACCAGGCGUGUCCCCUUCCCCGAGGUAUCAACAUGCCGCGGUUUUUGUUGGUGCUAGAUUGCACGUUACUGGGGGAGCUCUUAGGGGUGGACGAGCAGUAGAAGGUGAAGCUGCAAUUGCAGUACUGGAUACUGCCGCUGGGGUUUGGAUAGACAGAAAUGGGAUGGUGACCUCACGUAGCAACAAAGGACAGGCUGGGCAUGAUCCUUCUUUGGAGCUUAUGCGUCGAUGUCGCCAUGCAGCUGCAUCUGUUGGUGUCCGGAUAUAUGUUUAUGGUGGUCUGAAAGGAGAUACUUUGUUCAAUGAUCUUCUGGUUGCAGAAAAUUCUCCAUUUCAAUCCGAUGCCAAUUCUCUAGUAACACCGUCUGACAGGGCUUUGACAACUACUAAUCUGACAUCAAAUGCAAGUUUAACUUCGUAUUCUCCCACAACAACUCACAAUGGAAGAUCUGAAAUACCAUCAUCUGGUGGUUUGAGCAUGAACAAAAAUUCAAUGGAGAAACUGGCUGAGGCAUCUGCUGCUGAAGCUGAGGCUGCUAAUGCUGUCUGGCAAGCAGCUAAGGCAGCAUCAGCCACUCCUGAAGAAACAUCUCUAUCAGACGACACUUCACAAGCAGCAGAAACAACUUCGGAGGGCGGCGACAGUGAAGCUGAUGUGCGCCUUCACCCAAGAGCGGUUGUAGUUGCAAAAGAAGCUGUGGGGAACUUGGGGGGUAUGGUUAGGCAGUUAUCACUGGAUCAAUUUGAAAAUGAAAGUAGACGAAUGAUUCCAUUGCACAAUGAUUUGUCACAUCCAACCAAAAAAUUUACAAGGCAGAAGUCUCCUCAAGGCUUGCAUAAAAAGAUCAUUUCUACUUUGCUUAGGCCUCGAAAUUGGAAACCACCUUCGAACAGAAAAUUCUUUCUGGACUCCUAUGAAGUUGGUGAACUUUGUUAUGCUGCUGAGCAGAUCUUUAUGCAGGAGCCAACGGUUCUUCAACUGAAAGCUCCUGUCAAAGUGUUUGGUGAUCUACAUGGACAGUUUGGCGAUCUCAUGCGGCUGUUUGAUGAAUAUGGGUUUCCUUCCACUGCAGGCGAUGUAACUUACAUUGACUAUCUGUUUCUGGGAGACUAUGUUGACCGAGGACAGCACAGCUUGGGCCUUUUGAAUUCACAGCUUGAGACCAUCACUCUACUCCUGGCUCUAAAGAUUGAGUACCCGGAGAAUGUUCACUUAAUACGCGGGAAUCAUGAAGCUGCCGACAUCAAUGCCCUUUUCGGCUUUCGCAUUGAAUGUAUAGAGAGAAUGGGAGAGAGUGAUGGGAUAUGGGCCUGGACACGUUUCAAUCAAUUAUUUAACCAUCUUCCACUUGCUGCACUGAUUGAGAAGAAAAUCAUUUGUAUGCAUGGUGGCAUUGGGAGGUCAAUAAAUUCAGUAGAACAGAUAGAGAAACUGGAGAGGCCCAUAAAGAUGGACGCUGGGUCAAUAGUACUAAUGGAUUUGCUAUGGUCUGAUCCCACCGAAAAUGAUAGUGUAGAAGGUUUGAGACCAAAUGCUAGAGGACCUGGUCUUGUGACAUUUGGGCCUGAUCGGGUUACGGAUUUCUGUAAGAAGAACAAAUUGCAACUCAUCAUAAGAGCGCACAAAUGCGUUAUGGAUGGAUUUGAACGGUUUGCCCAGGGACAGCUGAUCACCCUUUUUUGGGCAACCAAUUAUUGUGGGACUGCAAAUAAUGCUGGUGCAAUAUUGGUAGUUGGCAGAGGAUUGGUCAUUGUUCCAAAAUUAAUUCAUCCCUUGCCACCGCCUCUCCAGUCUCCAGAGACAUCUCCUGAACGUGUGACUGAGGAGACGUGGAUGCAGGAGCUUAACAUCCAAAGACCGCCUACUCCUACAAGAGGCCGCCCACAACCUGAAUUUGACCGAAGUUCACUUGCCUAUAUAUGAACUUACUUGUCCAUCUCUUAGUAUCACGAUGUUGUGCAUGAGUGGAGUCAUUGCCUAGUCAUUGCCUAUCCUUGAAGUCACUAGUCAAUCUUAUAAUAUCGUGCGGGAGCCUAAAGUCGUUCAGAGCCACGACUUUACAAAGUACAGGUAAGUAUUGUGGAGUGGCAUUUGCCGUCUAAUGACAAUGUUGUAUUUGACAGAUGGUUCCAUUUUUGGUCACAUAUUUUCAUACAGAGUGGUAGGUAAGUUAGCAGUUGGACUAGAAAGUAGCCUCUCUCCAUUUUGUUGCUUUGUAUA